CGAGUUACAAAUACAAAUCAGGAAAUUGAAAUAACAAAUAAAAUAGUCAGAAAAUGUGCUUGAAUUUUCUCCUGUUUAACAAAGAAAAUAAAAUGGUUUUAUGUCUUGUUCUAUACGUGUUAUUAAGUAGUGCUAUGUAAUUCUUAUUAUGAGUAACUUAAACUUAUUGAUUGAUUCUUUAAAACAUAAUAAUAUCUUAUUAGUGUGACUAAAAACAAGUUAUAAUGUGGACGUGGGUAGUGAUGAGUUCAGUGCCCUUGUGGUUAAUGUCGGCAUGGUACUUUCCAAUACUUUGGAGCCCUCUUUACCUUUUACUGUUGACUAUUUUUCUGGUAGUUUUGGUGUUUGCACUGACGUUAUGGGGGCACAUCUCUCUGUCUUCGCCUCACCAGCCUUCGAUUUUUCUGAUGGAUAAAGUAGAAAAAGAGUUGAGGCAAUUGGAGGAAACUUUGAAGGAUGACCUAACCACCUGGCCGCAUGCUGUUAAAAAGAGUCACCUACCAGUCAUCUUUGGCCGCACGGUUGACAGCCAGUUACAGCAACUGAUUGACUAUGUUCUUAGAGACUUUGUUACUCGCUGGCUGAAAGAGUUUGCCUAUAGACCGGAGCCUGUGGUAGACAAAUUCAAGGAACAUAUAUGGGGAGCAAUUAAAAAUCUACAUGAAAGAUUGUUACGGGUAGAUGCUGAAAAGCUAUUGGCCAAUGAUAUGGUCUUGAAAAUUACUCAGCAUUUUGAGCGUAUUAGGAUUGCCCAGAGCUGUGCGUUAGAGCUAAACCAGGCACCAGUAUUCGCUCUAGCACCUCACUUGAUGUCCUGUGAGACUGAGCUACACUACCUCCGCCAGACCAGUGAGCUGAUUAUCAUGUUCCUCAUGCCGCGAAGCUACUCUUUGUCUCCGGUAUCUCACUUCAUGAGAGAAGUGCUGGCUUGCAAAGUGUUCCAACCGGCCAUAGAUUUGAUCACAGAGCCUGACGUCAUAAACCAAAAGAUCAUCCAAUACCUCGAAGCUCAAAAGGAAGUGAACGCCAUGCAUGUCCGGACCCACGAAUACGCUAAAACAUUUGAGGACUACAUACGACUAAUAAGCAGUUGUGAUAACGUCGACCAGUUGAAGCGGUUACGAUACGACAUAGUUACCCAAAUAAUGCAAGCAACCACCCUUCAAAACAUGAAAAGAGCUAAAGGCGUAGAUGUGGACGCAGAAAAAGCAGGGCAGCAGAACGUAAGCCGGCAGCAGAUCGCAGACGCCAAGAAACUGGAGAGAUACAUCACGCAGCUCAGUAUAGCUAAACUUGAGUGCGAGGAGCAUCUCAAGAGCUUGGGCUGGGAUGGGGCCUUCCCUGCGGUAAAUGAGUCUGAUAACAAGUGUCUACCCCUCCACAAAGUAUUAGAAAGCGUGACCGGCCGCCGCUACCUGUCGAUGUUCCUGGAGACGAUGUGCUCGCAAGGCCUGGUCGGGUUCUGGAUGGGCGUGGAGGAGCUGCGGCACAGCCCGCGCAGCAGCUGGCAUCAGCUCGGCGCCGAGAUCUUCUACACGUACAUCCGGUCGCCCACGGCGGAGAUCAAGGUCGACAAGGAUACGAGAAAACGAAUGGAGGCAUUCCUACUCGGGGAUAAAGGGCCGGAAGUAUUUUACGAAGUGCAAGACACCGUAGUCGACACAAUACAUCAGAAGUACUACUCGUCGUUUAUGCUGAGUGAGCAGUACAAAGCACUUAUGAUCGAGCUGGCGAACGAGGAGGCUAAUAAAGAAAUAAUCGCGGAAAGGUCUCCAAUAGAAGACCGGCAGCUGUCCAACGAGUCCGUGUCGUCCGCGGAGAGCGUCGCGGGCGCGCUGCACCUCACCGACCACUCCACGUACGCGAGGCGGAAGCUCGACCAGCUGCAGGAGAGGCAUAACAAUAAAACACAGGCAUUAGCGGCUCUCCGCGCAUCAUUGAAGCCGGAGUCGCGCGCGCUGGCCAUGCUGGAGAGCGAGGUGGAGCGGCUCGCGGAGCAGCAGCUGCGGCUGGAGUCGCACCUGGCGCGCACCGACACCUGGGCCGAGCAUCUGGGCACGUGGCGGGCCACUGUGCAGACUGCUGAGAUCUUGGACGAAAACAAGCCCCCGCAGUUCGUGAUAGUAGUACACAUGGCCGAACAGGAAACUACAUCAAACGAAGACGAGAGGCCUGAGCAAAUCUCUACGGGCUGGGUUAUAUUGAGAACCCUCAACGAUUUCCAGGAUCUACAUCGAAAAUUAAGGCCUAUGUGUUCUGAAUUAAAAAACUUGGAACUACCUUCGAAUUCUUUUAAGUUUCUGUUUGGUAAAAAUGAUAGAAAUUCCUUAGAUAAAGCAAAGAACCUCAUUCAAAAGUAUUUAGAAUUUGUUUUAGAAGACGACAGACUGAACCAAAGUGAACCUUUAUAUACAUUCCUCAACGCAACCAGCGAAUAUAUGAGACAGGGAGACAAUCCAAAGAAAAACAAAUUCUCAUUUUCUACAUUAUUUAAAAGUACAAGCAGCGAAGCAACGAAUAGAUCAUCGACAGAUCGCGAGGCGUUCACGCAUUUGUCGGCAGAUGAAGAUGAAAUAUCGCUUUAUCUGGACGGAAAUGGCACGGACCCCGCGAGUAAGAACAUGGCUAAUGCUAUGCGAGGUACCGGUCCAUUGGGCGAAGAACGCGACAGUAUAGCGGAGCCUUUGUACGCGCUACUGAGCGAAGUGUUUGACAUGCGAGGUGUAUUCCGAUGGCUCAGAAAAACUCUAGUCACUUUCGUACAAAUCACUUAUGGGAGAACUAUUAAUAGGCAAAUAAAGGAGACGGUAAUGUGGGUGUUUUCCGAGCAAAUGCUGCAUUACUACAUCAGCGUAGUGCUGAAGUCGUGGUGGCCGGGCGGCGUGCUCAGCGAGCCAGGCAACAGGAAUAUGCGCGACCGAGAGCACACACGCACGAUAGCGCUGGAACAGCUGAGCGAGACGGUGGUGGACGCGCUGUCGUCGCUGGUGGGCGCGCACGCGGCCGCGCGCGGCGCGCACAAGCUGUUCCACACGCUGCAGAACACUACGCACAACAAGCAGCUCGCCUACGAACUCUUCGAACUGGUCCUCAUGGAGGUGUUUCCAGAGCUAAAACGAUACCAUACCUAACAUCCGAAAGUAAGCGACGCUCAAGACAAUAUUAUAUCAAAUUUCGUAACCGUACAGGGAUUUUACAGACAAAAUUAAAUUGUCUGAUAUUUUGCUAUUCUCCUAAAACAUUCCGAUUUACACUAUUUUUCACAACAGUGGACUGAAAGAGCUACAUUACAUUCCUUUUAAAUUAGUGUGUACCUACAUGUAACAAAAAUCUAUUCAUUCAGUUUCAUUGGUAGACAAACUUCGAACCCAUGGAGGUUAGAAGUUGGUCCACCAAAUUUAAAAAAAAAACAUCGCAAUGACAAUUUGCGAGUUCAGGUUGAUCUCACCUUCUUCGUGUUCAGUUUAUAUACGUGUAAUAUGUUUAGAUCUGUAAAAUAUAUUUCUUAUAUAUAUCUAUGUGCCAAAGAUUGCACUGUGUAAAUAGCUUCUUAGUUGUACGGCUUAAGUGUUAACAUGUACCUGAGUUUUAUAUCAAAUCAAUUUAUCUAGACUUUUAUCUUUAUUGUACUAAUGAUUAUUUCCAUCGUUUUCUAGUCUUUGUUGAUCUUCUGAACUAUAGGCGUAGGUGUUGAAGUGUUGGUAUUGUAUUAACAAUAUGUGUAAAGCCUCUUAGUUAGCUUUUGGCUCUGGUUCUGAGGGUGCACCAAGCAAUUGUUAUAUAAAUACACAGUCGUUUCAUAUUAACAUAUAGGUAUACGUACUUUACCUAAUUUAUAGUAG